CAGUUAUUGGAAUUUCGCUCUUUUUUGCAAAAUAAAAGUUUUGUAAGCCGUUCCUUUUUUGUCGUUUUGUGUCCGUCCAACUAUUUUCGUCCCCUACAAAAUGGAACGCUACAAUCGAGUGUGGAGAGAUCCCGGAUCUCCUCUGGCGCCAAUUACUCCACUCACUUCCCAGGCAUUUUCAUUCGACACUGGAGUGGACGAUGAUGUAACGCCCACUGGGGUCGGAAGGAGCAACACUACAUCGCGCACUGCCCUGUUCCGUGGCCUCAGGUCUAACCUUUUGCAGGUGCCGGACCGCCGGCACACAAGACACAGUACUAGUACGCGGACCCUACCAGGAAGUGCCGAACCGACGCGUUUUUCCCAAGCAUUUAUGCGCACGCGAUCCGUGUUUUCGCCAUCAGGUCAGAACACCCACAGUGGAACCACUGGAAGUGGAAGGAACACCUCCUCCUCCAUUUCGCUUGACACACAAUCGCGAGGGGAACGAGCCGCGAAAAUUAAGCAGGAAAUCCAGCAAGGGUCGCGGCACACAGUAACGGUUAAAAAUGAUUUGUCCUGGUUGAAAAAGGAGUCCAGUUCCAGAAAAAAGGAUUCCAACAUGAGCCCCAAUCCCCAUUCCACUUAUAGACGCUUUAAGCAUGCCUCCCCGGUGGAGCAUCCUACCUUGAGUCCACGGGUUAGAUCCCUGCUAGACCGCACCGGCAAUGAGCAUCUCACAGAGCUGUUCACAAGCCAGGAGAUAGACCUUGAGGUGUUGAUCCAACUGACCCUUGAGGACCUGGAGGCCUUGGGAGUUCGCGGGGCACGAGAGGUCAAAAUUGCCAUGCAAAUUAUUCAGCUGGCCAAGCAAUUUUUUCAAACUUAAAUUAAUUCUUUUAUGUGUGCGAAAUUCCAGAAUAUCUUAAUGUUUUAUGUCGUCACUUUUUUAAAUGGUUAGUUUUAAAUAAAUGUUUAUUUUAAA